ACCUACCGACGUGCAUUGGUUGUAUCGUAUCGCUAUCACACAGGUAAACACUGCAGUAUUAAUAAUAAAUUAUCGUUCAUUUGGGAGACGUCUUGGCACGACGGCAACCCGGUCGUCCAUGGGCACGUUGAAGUGUUCCGGAUUCUGAAGCUUCCAUCGUCAUGACCUCAAAUCCGAACUUGUCCGAGUUCUCGGUGCACACCGAAAAGCUGGUGGAGGUGUUGUACAAACGUCACUAUUGCAGCUCCAAAGUCAACGUAUCCAUGUUGUGCAGCCGCAUCGAAAUUAACACCAGAUUUUCUGAUAUCUCAAGUAUAUCAUUAUUUGUUGAUAACUAUUAUGGUACUGAAAAUGAAAGUAGCAGUGAUGAUGAAUUGAAUUUAUAUUCAGAUAAACGUAAACUAAGAACAAGAGUUAUUGAAACUGAACCAAGUAAUGAAAUGAAAUUAUAUCAUAGUGAAUCAGAAACAAUCAAUUUAGCCUUAAAGAAUAUUGGUUUAGUGAGCUUUAAUGAUAAAAUGUAUACCUUGCACCCUUCAGAAUUGUAUUAUUACAAAUAUGAUUUUACUAGUUACAGUCCAAACAGAAAAAGUUUACCAAGACAAGAUAAUGCAGUAAGUUUUAAUGAUGAAUAUAAUUCUGGAAGAAAAAAUCAUAAUUCAGUUCCUUCGCAGUUGUCUCCAAAUAAUAACUUUUAUCAUACUAAUCGUGAUAAAAAAAAAGAAAAAAAAAUUUACUGUCGGAAUUACAAUCAUAAGAAUAAUCAUACUCUGCCUUUGAAAUACUGGUCAAUGAGAUACAUGUUGUUUUCAAAUUUUGACUCUGGUAUUAUGUUGGAUGAAGAAAGUUUUUAUUCUGUGUGCCCUGAAAUUUUAAGUUACCAUAUUGCUAAACGAUGUAAGAAUUACCUAGCUUUGGAUCCUUUUUGUGGUGCUGGUGGAAAUAUAAUUCAAUUAGCAUUCACAUGUGAAUUAGUUAUUGCGAUAGAUAUAGAUCCAACUAAGAUUAGUUUUGCAAGACAUAAUGCAAAGAUUUACGGUGUUGAUGAUAAAAUUGAAUUUAUUGUUGGUGAUAUUUUUACUAUAUAUUCAAUGCUUAAAGCAGAUGUUGUAUUUAUGUCACCUCCUUGGGGAGGACCCGAAUAUCCUAUCGAUAAGUUUAGUAUAGAAACCAUGUGCAACAAUCAAUUUGGAGGUGGCUUUGGUAUUUUUAAUACUGUUAAAAAUAUUUCUUCCAAUAUUGCUUUUCAUAUGCCUAAAAAUACCAAUAUAUUCGAGUGCUUAUGGUUAGCAAAAGAUUUUGGGAGAGUGGAAAUUCAGCAGAAUAUUAUUAAUGAAAAAUUAAAUUCAAUUACAGCAUUUUAUGGAGAGUUUAUCGAUUUAACAGACAAUGAUUAUUAAAAAUAUAAACGAUGAUUUAUUUUAUUAUAAGUAAUAUUUAAAUUGUAAACAUCAUUCAUUGACAAAGUUUGACUUUUAUUGUUGAAUAAUAUGUUUUAACUAAAAGUUAUACUUAUUCACUAAUUAUAU